AUGGCUGUUUGGUCUUCCCUAAAGUAUGCCGUUGUGGCGUCCUGCGCCAUCGGCCUCACUCAGGUUGAAGGCCUGCCAACUGCCGCUCCCUCCACUGGCAUGACAGAAUGGGGUAUAGCUGAUAGACAUAGUCUAUUCGCCCGUCAGCAAAAUACUGUCAUUGUUACUGGUGCCCAGGGUACCAGUCCUUCCGCUAGACAGGUCUCCGUCCGCAAAGAAAUUAGACAACUUAUCAACAACCGGGAUCAGAGCGAGUUCCAUCUCUUCCUCCUGGCUCUCAGGAGAAUGCAAAAUAUGCGAACCGAUGAUCCAUUAUCCUACUACCAGAUUGCUGGUAUUCACGGCAGACCAUACAUGCCGUGGGCUGGUGUAACUGCUCCACGCGGUACUAACACCAACACUGGAUAUUGUACACAUGCCGAUGUCCUUUUCCUCCCAUGGCAUCGUCCUUACCUCUCUCUCUUUGAGCAGAGUCUUUGGAGCAGUGCCGCUGCUGUCGUUGAAGAAAUCAGACAGUCUGGUAACACCCAGUUGCAUAAGAAAUAUAAUGAUGUUCUUCCAUCAAUCCGACUUCCAUAUUGGGAUUGGGCAGCCGAUGCUUCGGUGCCACGCGAAGUUGGCGAAAUGCCAACCAUCCAAGUCGAAACCCAAAGGGGUAUGCAGACUAUUCCUAACCCACUUUACACCUAUAGAUUCCAGACCAACCUUGCCGAAUUUUCCGCUGUCCAACCUUUCGGUAGCAUGCGUGAGACCUAUCGCUGGCCUAGCCGUGUUAACACUGCAGAUGGAUACAUGUCGCAAGGCGCCGCUCUCAACAAUGCCAUGAGAAGACUUGCCGGUGAUCUAAGAAACAGAGCUUACCGACUUCUCAGCUAUGGUGACUUCAAUACUGUCGGCACCCGAGUAACCCCCCCUGGUCAGCCAGCUCGAGACUCUCUUGAAGGUCUUCAUGAUACCAUUCACGGAACUACUGGUUCUGGUGGACACAUGAGUUUCGUCGACAACGCUGCGUUUGACCCAAUAUUUUGGCUCCAUCACGCCAACAUGGAUCGUCUCUUCGCUAUCUGGCAGGCCGCCAACCCUGGUAGAUAUACCCUGUCGGGAUCUUCGGCCGGAACUUAUGCUAUCCCUCGUGGUACCCAAGAGCAUAUGAACCUUCAGAUGCCGCCCUUCCGUUCUUCUGAAAACACCUUCCACACGCCUGCUGGUGUUACUCGCCCUGAAAGCUUUGGAUACUCUUAUGUUGAGACUUUGAAUCAAACUCCAGGAAACGUUAUCGCCGCUGUCAACAGACUCUAUUCCACAGGAACACCAUCCGGAAAUCUUGGCACUGCUGUUCGCGCCGCUAAGCACAAGCGUUCGAACAUGAGACGCCAAGAUGCUAAGCCAGCUGAUACCUUGAACACACCACCUUCCGCAGACGCCCUCACUACAGUUCAAGACAAGGUUGUUGAAAACAAGAAAUACCAAGAUUGGGAGACUGAAAUCAAGGUCAACAAUGCCGCUUUGAAGAGCAGUUUCAACAUCCACGUCUUCCUUGGAGACGUUCCAAGUGACUCCAAGACCUGGGCCACUGAUAAGAAUCUCGUCGGUACUCAUUCCAUUAUCACCACCGUUGAUGGUGGCCAUAUGGACUCUGUCGUCGGUGGUACCGUUCCUCUUACUUCUUCCCUUCUUAACAAGGUUGUCGCCGGUGAGAUCAAGGAUCUUGAAAAGGAAACCGUUGUCCCAUACCUCAAGAAGAACCUCAAGGUCCGAAUCUCCUUGCCCGAUGGAGAGUCUUCUGAAAUUAAGUCUGUCGAUAAGCUUGUCGUUCAAAUCGCUGUCGCCACUGUCGCCCUCCCAGCUUCGAAGGAAGAAUUGCCAAGCUAUGGCAAGUACGAAGUUCAGUUUGAUGCCAUUGAUGUUCCAAAGGGUAACUUUGGUGCUUAA